UGUCAAAACAAAUGCCGAAUAGUGUGAAUGCAACUGUGAAGGCAAACCUGGCAAACAUCUUCGGAAAUAUUUCCGAAAACGUCAGUGAAACAUUUCGCCAUCGUGUUGUCAUGGUUACCGUACGCGUAACAAACUCGGGUAUUGUAAUAAAAAAUAUCUACCGAUACUAGCGACCGAGCUAGCGACAGGUUACAAUAAACUAAUGUUAUUUAUACAAAAGUAGUACCAUUAAACGUUAUUUAGUGAACGAGCUGCAAACCCGGCUUGAAACGAUGUUCUCUAGUCAAAAUGUCUUCAAAACGGGCGUAUAUCGAACAAACGGUCUCGUUACAAGCUGGAAAUUCAGGAUCACGUUCAAACAGAUCUAUUCUUUAAUCGAGAUACCGAAUUUUGAUCAAACCAUCGAACCCGACGCGUAUAAAGAGCCAUCAAAUAGUGAAAACGAGCAGUUGGUAAUAGAAUGGCAGGAGAAAGUAUUCAGCCGGUAUGAACUCGACUACUACAGUAACAAAGAUAAUUGUAACACAGAUCUACAGAAAAACUUUCACCACACAAUCAAAACAUCCGGACUGAUCGCAAAGGAUUACGAAAGCAAGAUUUUUACAUACACGACUGCUGAAAACUAUACACCAGAUGAGGAUCUAACCAAUGUCGCUCAAAUUAGUGAAUAUCAGCUGAAACAAGAAGGAACUGAUUUCGAGAGUAUGUUUAUAAUGGCAGAUCUCGAAUCAGAAGUACUGCUGUUUUCAAUCAAGUGGAAUCCAAAGGAGAAAAUGUUACUCGUUUACCCAGAUUUCAACUGUAUGAAGGUCAAUCCUUACUAUAAGGAAAUUCAAGGUGAUAGUCGGCAAAUGUAUCAUUUCGGAAUAAAGAACUUGAGUCAAAAGAGAAAAUUAACUGGUUCAACAGAGACUGUAAAACUGCAAGAUAAUUUGAUUGAUAAGUUCAACAGGUUAACACUAAGAGAGGGACUUUCAAGAGAUAAUUUCUUAUGUCCAGAAAGCCACGAACUUCAAUUUUUGGUGCUUUUACAAAUAAUUUCGGCAACUGAGCUUUUAUAUGAUACUGCCCAUGUGCGAUUCAAGUACACUCUACCAAUUGGGGCAAAAGUCGUCGAUGGAUUCACCGAUGGUUGCACGCAUAGCAGCAAAGAAUUCCAAGGUGUUUGCCAUUACGGCCAUUGCCAUGAAAUAUUACUGAAAGUUCCAGAAACAAGUGAUAUGAAAGAUGUUGUAAAAAUAUACUUUGAAAUUAUAUCGAUUGACAAUUGGAAGCGCGAACGAUUGCUAGGAAACGCAUACAUCAGUUUGCCUUUGCAAACACAGACGAUAGAAACGACACUGCAUUGUAUCAAUAUAACAAACAAUCAAAGAUUUUAUGAUAAACUGGAAACCUUCCUUGUAGGGGGACGUCGACAAGUUAAACUAAAAGAGUUUUAUGGACAGGACGAUUACAGGCUGUUAAACCGCUACGGAAGUGAAACUAGCUUAGCCGGGAAGUUACAAAUAAAAUGUCAAAUACUUCAGCAGCAUCGCCCACAAAUUAUUGAAAUGUCUGUUCCUAAAACAAAAAAGCACGGAAAGCUUCGAGCUAAUGUUGUUACUAUUGAGGAAUUGUUGUCAUCCUACCAUCGUGCACGUGAGAGGUUGGAGGAAAUUGUCAAUUUGAAAUAUUAAUAAAAUAUUUGGAAUUCUGAUGGGUAAAGCAGUAUUAUGGACUAUUUGACGAAAUCAGCUCACCCACUGUGUCGUGAUGUGGCUUUAAAUACCACCCUAGCGAUAGAUACGUACAAACAUAAGGCGCCGUUGCCACGUUUCGAAAGACCUGAGUUCUAUAUCUACAUUCAUCCCGACAAUCGUCUGAUGCGAUGGUGUGCGGUGUGGUGUAGGUAAUGCUAAUAUGACGGCUAUUCAACAAUAAAAAGCAAAAGAUGAGAAAGUACUUUGUAUAGAUUCAUCAAUUAUUCCAGUAUGAAUUAUAGUAACAGAUCAAAACAGAUGAAUAAUCUGGCUCGUUUUUUUUCUAUGUAGAAACCACGCCUGUCCAUUGUGCCGUACCCUCUUCAGUCGGCAUCAAUUUCUGGUUUAAUGGAUCUUAUUUAUUCCAUCCAAACUGGUCGCGUAAAUGCUGGCGUCCGUCUUGAUAAAUGAAAUAAGAAAGUUGCCGCUAUAAUUGGAUGUCAAAAUACGCGGUUGAUGCGUAGUCGAACGUUUCGUAUGUUUUGUUAUUUUCGGCUUUAACUCAAGGUCAGCUGCACGAUAUGUAUUGAAGAUUUAACCUGAGAGCCAGAGAAAACAUCAACAGCAAUGGAAACAUAGUACCGUGAAUUAAUUUGAUGGUGGGCAAAUACUGAGAAUUUUAAUUAAAUUAUGAUGCACGUAGAAUAUUGAAUUACGCGAACUAUGUUAUGAUUAUAUUGGAAAUCGUUAUCAAAUGCAAUUUUGAGUUCUAAUUAUUUAAAUGUUGAAAAAGUAUUUGGAGUUGUUAUCUGCUACCGAGUCUAGAUGAAAUACAUAAACAAACCCUAGAACCGAUAAUUACUAGGGUUACCAUUUCUGGUGAGGCUUUCACCUGGAGAUUUUUACUUACGCGGGAUAUGCUGCAAGAAAAUCAUGAGUAAACGCUGAAACCACACAGAAAUUUGAAUCAAAGCGAUGGCUCGACAUUUUUGAGUAUUUUUAACGAUUUUUAUUACGAAACUGAGUUGAAGAUAAAUAAGUUCAUUUCUUUAAAUCCCUUUGUAACUCUUCAGGUAAUAAGUUUAGCAAUGGUUGAAAAAUUCACAAAUUGACUCAUAUUGACCGCUGAGUACUUUGUUUUGGUAAAGCAUAACGUGCACAACUUGUCUGUAUCGUUCACAUUAAGCUGAUGAUUUGCGAACAAUUUUGUCGGUUUAGAUAUUUAGAAUUAGACUGCCUCGGCUAACCGUAAAAAAAUUAAAAGCUCCAGCCACUCUCGCUGUGGAGGAUAAAUCAAACAAGCAUUGUUCUCUUCCAAAGCAGCGUGGGAAGCAUUGAAAAAAGUAUAUUUUCACAGCAUAUCGAAAGUUGAAAAUAAUUAAAAGAUAGGAAGAACUUUUUUCACAAAAGCGAAAAGCGUGUCACGCGUGUAGACAUAGUCUAGAAAAAAGGAAAAUAAAGAUUACUCUUAAUAGUACUUUUCCCCUUUGAUAUAGUUAAAAUUGUACUUAUAUUUACCUGGAAUGAUAAUCGUUACAAUGCGAAUUGUGGAUACUAUACUACGUUACAAUGCUACCACUAUACUGCCUAUGAUAGCAAAUCAGUCCCAUAAAGGUACACGCAGAAGAAUAUGUCAUAGUUAAAAUGAAAAACCAAAACUUUAUAUCAGAACGCAAUAGAAAUAUUGAUACUACCUACAAAAUCAUUUAAAACAAAUAUAUGUCAUGUUUGG